UGUUGUAUUGCCGUAAAGUAUUUCGGCGUUGUGGCUGUCGUAUUGUCGGUGGCUAACAGUAAACAGCGAUAAUUUUACCAAGCGAUUCUCCCAAACCGUAUAAUUUCUGUUUAUAUUUAGAGUUUUCGGUAACAGUUAAUUAACAUGGCUGAAAAAUUUGAUAACCUGGAGGAGCAUCUGGAGAAAUUUAUCGAGAAUAUUCGACAGUUGGGAAUCAUCGUCAGCGACUUCCAGCCCAGCAGCCAGGCAGGACUCAACCAGAAACUCAAUUUCAUGAUAUCUGGUCUACAAGACAUUGAGAAGUGCCGUCAACAGCUCCAUGAGAUCAACGUACCGCUGGAGGUCUUUGAAUACAUCGACCAAGGUCGAAACCCUCAGCUGUACACCAAGGAAUGUCUGGAGAGAGCCUUGGCGAGGAACGAGCAGGUCAAAGGGAAGAUUGAUACUAUGACAAAAUUCAAGAGCCUUCUAAUCUCAGAGCUCAGUAAAGUUUUUCCAGAGGAAAUGGCCAAGUAUAAGGCUAUACAUGGAGAAGAUGCUCCCUCCUAGUGGCCCCUGCACCAUGACCCCUGACCUUUUACCUGUGACCCUCUAAUUGAAAGCCUGGAUGGAGUUUGACCAAGCAGGAUCCUCUGUGGGUGCCAACAGAAUAUGAAAAUACCCAGUCAUUAUUUUUCAUAAAUGUUGGGAUGCUGUUGCUGACCAAUAUCCUGAGGGAGAAUGUUUUCUUUCUGCUCAGCAACAUGACUCAGCCAAAUCCCUCAUCUUCUUUUCAUUUCUAAACUUCAUUUAAAGGAAUACAAAUCAAGAGCAAAUAUAUGGGAGAACUGGAGAGGAGAAACAAAUAGUUUUCUGUGCUGGGUUGUUCUGUUGCCAGGAGACACAUUUGUUUUUAUGUCUCUGUUGAUGCAUGGACACUGAGAUAGGAGCAGAAUAUUUCUACAACUCCCAACUGGACAGACGAAAAUGUUUAGAGCUGUGUGGUGCCUGUCUGAUUCUGCAUCAUCAAAUGUACUCCAUCAGUUGUACAUACAGUGUAUUUAUACUCUUCCACCUUUUGUAUUGCUUCCUAGUCAUUCUGCAACAUGCAUUUGUACCACACACAGUUCAUAACAUUUUGUAUGAAGCUCAGGUUUCUAAUGGCCAUGAUAACUGAAUGCAAAUGUUAUUUGAUGGUACUUCUGUACCUGAUCCUGGACAUGGUCAGAAAUCCACUCUUUAUUUGUAACUUGUUUGUAUUAUGAUGUUUGUUAAUAAAUGAUCCUGAUAUUGUG